ACUAUUCCUACAAAUCCCAUCUAACCAAGCAAUAAUGGAAAUCCAAUUUUCCUACGUAAUCAUCAUCUCUAUCCUCUUUGCAACAACCCUAUGGCUAACAAAGAACCUAAAACAAAAUAGCCAUACCCAGAAACUUCCACCAGGACCAUGGAAGCUCCCUCUCAUAGGAAACCUCCAUCAACUAGCAUCAGCAGGUUCACUUCCACACCAUGCUCUCCAAAAUCUCUCACUCAAAUAUGGCCCCAUCAUGCACCUAAAACUAGGUCAAGUUUCUGCUGUAGUUGUUUCAUCUUCAGAUGUUGCAAAAGAGAUUAUGAAAACACAUGAUCAUGCUUUUCUCCAAAGGCCAGAGUUUCACUCUGUUGCAAUCUUCACCUAUGGUUUAAAAGAUGUUGCUUUUGCCCCAUAUGGUGAUUAUUGGAGACAAAUUAGGAAAAUAUGCACUUUAGAGCUUCUAAGUUCCAAGAGGGUUCAAUCUUUUGCCUUCAUAAGGGAGCAAGAAGUAUGUAACCUCAUAGAAUCUAUUCAUUCAUGUGUAGGUUCUGAAGUUAAUGUUAGUGAGAAAGUGUUUUCUAUGGUUAGCACAAUAGUUUCAAGGACAACGUUUGGUAACAAAACUAAGGAGCAUGAAGAGUUUGUAGGUGUGGUUAAAGAAGUGGCGAAGAUGACUGGAGGGUUUGACUUGGUUGACUUGUUUCCUUGCCUUAAAGUUGUGACAAUGGACAAGGCGAAAAUGGAGCUGCAAAAGAAGCAGGACUUGAUCUUGGAGAAUAUUAUGAGAGAGCAUAAAGUGAAUUUGAAGAUGAGAUCCAAAGAAGCCAUGGUGGUGGGAGAAAAAAGGCAUGAAAACUUGAUCGAUGUUCUGCUCAGGAUCCAACAAAGUGGAGAUCUUCAAGUUCCACUUUCAGAUGACAGUAUUAAAGCAAUAAUUUGGGACAUGUUUGCGGCAGGGACCGAUACUUCAUCGACAGUACUAGAAUGGACAAUGAUGGAAUUGAUGAGAAACCCACCAGCAAUGAAGAAGUUACAAGCUGAAAUCAGAGGAAGGGAAACACUAUUACGCGAGCAUGACGUGGAAGAACUUGUUUACCUAAAGUCAGUAAUCAAAGAAGCAUUAAGAUUACACGCUCCAGUUCCUCUGUUGCUUCCAAGAGAAUGCACUGAAGCAACCAAGGUUAAUGGCUACGAGAUUCCGAAGAAGGCGAAAGUGAUAGUAAAUGCAUGGGCGAUAGGGAGAGAUCCUAAACACUGGGAUGAUGCGUUGAGCUUCAAACCGGAAAGGUUUCAUGGCAGUUGUGUUGAUUUCAGAGGUUCGAAUUUCGAGUACAUUCCGUUUGGCGCCGGAAGAAGAAUGUGUCCAGGAAUUUCCUUUGGUUUAUCAAAUGUUGAGUAUGCUUUGGCUAAGUUGCUUUACCACUUCGAUUGGCAAGUUCCAAAAGGAAUCAAAGCACAGGAUUUGGAUGUCAGUGAAACAUUUGGAUCUGUGUCUGGAAUUAAGAACAAUCUUUUCUUGGUUCCCACUCCAUAUAUAUCAUGA